GCAAGUGUUUUUAACCAAUUAUAAAUCGUAAUAAUGUCUGAUGCAGAAGUAGAAGUGCCUUCGACGUUCAAAAGACGAAAUCUUAAGAACAGAGGUGGCAGGCAAAGAAGGAAAUCUAGUUCGGAAGAGAAAAACAGCUCCGACUCAGAUGAGCCUACAAUUGUGCUACCAACAAAAAGACAACAGAAAUCCAAUCCUAACAUACAUUCAACUGGACAGAAGAGGAAAAAGGUUGAAAUUAAUGACAGUGACAGUAGCAAUGAUGAUGAGAAGAAAAAGCCAAACACAACACUCUCCGUCCAGCAACAGAGAGAAAACGCAACAGCUACGUACGACCUUGACACAGAAGUUGACAGGGACGCGCAGGCUAUAUUUGAAAAGGCACAGAAAAUAAAUGAAGAAUUAUUGGGACAAGCCGACGAUAAGGUAUACAGAGGUAUAAACAACUACGCGCAGUACUAUAAGAAGAAGGACACAGCCGCGGGAAACGCUAGUUCAGGGCUUGUGAGGAAAGGGCCUAUCAGAGCACCCGCCAACUUGAGAGCUACUGUUAGAUGGGACUAUCAACCAGACAUUUGCAAAGAUUAUAAAGAGACAGGCUUCUGCGGUUUUGGAGACUCCUGUAAAUUCCUGCACGACAGAUCAGACUAUAAGCACGGCUGGCAACUAGAGAGGGAGGAAAUACAGCCCAAAGAGGGGGGAGGGGGGGACUCGGACUAUGAAAUACACAGUGACGAAGAACUGCCCUUCAAGUGCUUCAUAUGUAGAAACAGUUUCACGGAUCCCGUUGUUACCAGGUGUAAACACUACUUCUGCGAGAAGUGCGCUCUAGCUAACUACAAGAAGUCGACGCGAUGUUUCAUCUGCAACGCGCAGACCAGCGGAGUGUUCAACCCGGCCGCCGAGCUGCAGGCCAAGCUGAAGGCGAGGGCGGGCGAUGAUGAUAAUGAUGAUGAUUGAUGAUUAAAAGUUUU